GCUGCCGAUGCCUCUCCUGGGUCCGUGAGGAGUCCCCGGACCUGGCCCCGAUCGGGGGGCCCUAUCGCCUCGCCCCAGGCGCUUCUCAGAGGGGACGACCCCCAACUGGGUCCCGGCAUUCCCCCUCUCCCCACUUGGGGGCGAACCCGGCAGGUUUUCCAUCAGAUGUUCCACUGCCAUAAUGCUGGAGUUAAGAAGUCUACAGUGCUUUACUCCAAACCAGAAGAUUUUGUUCCCUGCAUAUAGACUGAGAGUAAUGUUGUUUAGAAAUUGGCUUGUGUUUAAAACUGAAGAUUUUUAUAACAGUUUAACCUUAUCUCUAUGCUGAAGUAAGCUCAAUUAUUGUGCAGAUACGAAAACUGGGGUAACUCAAAUCUUUCUGGAACCAUGAAAAUUUUGCUGGUUUUUGAUUUUGACAAUACAAUCAUAGAUGAAAACAGUGACACCUGGAUUAUACAGUGUGCUCCAGAGAAAAAACUUCCUAAUGACCUACAGAAUUCUUAUAAAAAGGGAUUUUGGACAGAAUUUAUGGGUAGAGUCUUUAAAUAUUUGGGAGAUCAAGGUAUAAGAGAAGAAGAAAUGAAAAGAGCAGUGACAUCAAUGUCUUUCACUCCGGGAAUGGUGGAACUUUUUAACUUUAUAAGAAAAAAUAAGGAUAAAUUUGACUGCAUCAUUAUUUCAGAUUCGAAUUCAGUCUUCAUAGAUUGGGUUUUAGAAGCUGCAGUUUUUCUUGAUGUGUUUGAUAAAGUAUUUACAAAUCCAGCAGCUUUUGAUAGUAAUGGUUAUCUCAUUGUGGAAAAUUAUCAUGCUCAUUCUUGCAAAAGGUGCCCAAAGAAUCUCUGCAAAAAUGUAGUUUUGGAAGAAUUUGUAGGUGAACAGUUAAGACAGGGAGUGAAUUAUACCCACAUUGUUUAUAUAGGAGAUGGUGGAAAUGAUGUCUGUCCGGUAACCUUUUUAAAGAAGAAUGAUAUUGCCAUGCCACGGAGAGGAUAUACCCUACAGAAAACUCUUACCAUGAUGUCUCAAAAUCUUGAACCUAUGGAAUAUUCUGUUGAAACUUGGUCUUCGGGUGUUGAAAUAAUUUCUCAUUUACAAUUUCUAAUAAAGGAAUAAUAUGCCAACAA